GGGUUCUACUCCCAGGGUCCAAGACCUCCAGCCUCUCCCCGAGCUUCUGUUGGCGGGUGGGAAAAGAUGUCGCCAUAGGUCGCCGAGGCCACCAUCCUAUCUCUUAUUGGCGGAGGCCAAAAAAGAAAGUCUUCCUAUUCGUUAAAAGGCAAACACCGAGAAAGCCCAUUGGCUGGGUUGUCCGCGGGCCUUCGUCCGCUUAGAAGGCAGGCUGAAGCCGCGAGAGGAGGGGGCGGUCGGGGGCUCGCAGUUGCCGUGGUUACGCUGAGGCACGUGUGCAGUCCCGGAAGCGGCUCAGGGAAGGUGCUGAGCGCGCGCCGUUAGAGGAAGCGCCGCCGGGUCCGCUCGGGUCGGGUCCGGCUGGGACAUGGAGUCGUUGCCUGAACCCGCGCCCCGCUGUCUUCUGCUUCUCCCCUUGUUGCUGCUGCUGCAACUACCCGCCCCGGAACUGGGCCCGAGGCAGGCCAGCGCCGAAGAGACCGACUGGGUUCGACUGCCCAGCAAAUGCGAAGUGUGUAAAUAUGUUGCUGUGGAGUUGAAGUCAGCCUUUGAGGACGGCAAGACCAAGGAGGUCAUUGACACGGGCUAUGGCAUUCUGGACCGGAAGGCCUCUGGAGUCAAAUAUACCAAGUCGGACUUACGGUUAAUUGAAGUCACUGAGACCAUUUGCAAGAGGCUUCUGGACUACAGCCUGCACAAGGAGAGGACCGGCAGUAACCGGUUUUGCCAAGUAAAGGAGGGCAUGUCGGAGACUUUUGAGACACUGCACAACCUGGUACACAAAGGGGUCAAGGUGGUGAUGGACAUCCCCUAUGAGCUGUGGAAUGAGACUUCUGCCGAGGUCGCUGACCUCAAGAAGCAGUGUGAUGUACUGGUGGAGGAGUUUGAGGAGGUGAUCGAAGAUUGGUACAGGAACCACCAGGAGGAGGACCUGACUGAAUUCCUCUGCGCCAACCAUGUGCUGAAGGGAAAGGACACCAGUUGCCUGGCAGAACGGUGGUCUGGCAAGAAGGGGGACACAGCUGCCCUGGGAGGGAAAAAGUCCAAGAAGAAGAGCAGCAGGGCCAAGGCUUCAGGCAGCAGGAGCAGCAGCAGCAAGCAGAGGAAGGAGUUGGGGGGCCUUGAGGGAGACCCCAGCCCCGAGGAAGAAGAGGGCAUCCAGAAAGCAUCUCCCCUCCCGCACAGCCCCCCUGAUGAGCUUUGAGCUUCACCCUGUAUUCCUGUACUGAAACCCCGAACCUCAAAGCUGAAGAGUCUGGGGCACAACUCCAGCAGGCAAAAUGACUCUCCUACUGGCUUCAGGUCUUCCUGCCUCAGCUGUGCCCUCUUCCUGCCAAGGAAAGACAACAAGCCCCAGGAAGAACUCCAAGCAGCCUUGGUUGGCCCGUGCCAGCUUUUUCCCUCUGCCAAGAAUUCCUCUCCUGACCUGGGCUUCAGGCAGGCCAUGUGGUUUGAGGACUUCGAGGACUCCAGUGUGAACUCAGGAGGGGCAGGUGUCAGAACUGGGCACCAGGACUAGUGCCCCUCCAGAGCCUGUGAGGAGGGUGCAGCCACCUCUGCUCCUCUCAUUUCUGCCCCUACAGGAAAUAAAUCUGCAACCCCUACAGCUCCCCGCCCUCCUCGCCCCACCUCCUAUGGACACCUUGUACUCUGCCCAGCUCUCCUUCCACAGAAGAGGCUCACAGAGUAAAAACCUUUUGGCCUUUUGCUUCUGAUUCCUGAGUCCUCCUCAGCCCUCAAAGGUGCCCUGGGGACCCUUGUGCUCUAUCCUGCCCCUCACCUUCCAGCCUUGGGGACUGAGGGGAGCGUGGCUACCCCGAC